AUGAUUGUUGGUUCAGAUGAUAAUAAUAUGAAUGAUGCUAAUAUAGAAAAUGCUAAUAUGAAAGAAGCUAUUGCUGAAGCUAAAGCUGAUACAAACAAUAAUGAUGGUGUUGGUUUGAAUAAAGUUAAUGUUCUGCAUUCAUUGGACUUUAUAUCUUUGCCAUUUAAUUGUUUAGGAUAUUUUAAAGUAUUGAAAUUCAAGAAG